GUAUUAUUACACCCCUCAUGACCACGAACGAGCCAAUAGGCUCCGGGAGGCAGAGUUGUCCCUGUGGCCGCCAUUAAAGAAAGGAAUCCAUGAAUUCAAAUGGAAACCAGCAGGAACAGGCACCGAAAUUACACUUAAAAUGAUCGCGAAAAUAUAGCCCCACACCAGCUUUCGAUCGUAUUUUUCUCCAAGAUGCGUUUCGUUUUUAAAUCGUAUUUGGAGGCGGCAGAGGAAUAGGGGAACGUUUUUUUAAAGCAAAGACCGUUUUAAGCAAAGGGGGAGGGGGAGAGUUGCUUCUUUGCUCUCCUUUUCUUUUUUGUUUUAAGAGCAUUUUAGCUUCUUUUCCCCCUCCGUUUUAACUUAACUUAUUCGCGGAUUUUAGCCGAAGCAGGGCGGCGAUCGCGUCGCUUUUAAUUUAAAAGGCGAUACCUUUGGCGGACGAGCGGAGCCGAGGGGGGUUGUUGAAUUACAUUCAGCCAACCGAUUGUUUUAAAAAUAAUUCUCCGCUGUUAGCCGAGCUAGCUAUAUUCACCUCAGUGGGGGAAAAACACAUAUAUGCGUUUGAAAUUUUGUUCUUUCUUUCUCGGGAACUGAAACGAUGGAGUGUUUGACCUCGCUGUGAAAGGAUGAGUGCUUGUUUUGUACCGAACGGGGCCAGCCUGGAGGAUUGCCAUUCCAACCUAUUCUGUCUGGCUGACCUGACCGGGAUCAAAUGGAAGCGUUAUGUGUGGCGGGGCCCCACCUCGGCGCCGAUCCUCUUCCCCGUGACUGAGGAGGACCCCAUCCUGUGCAGCUUCAGCCGCUGCCUGAAGGCUGACGUGCUCAGCGUGUGGCGGCGGCACCAGACGCCCGGCCGCCGUGAGCUCUGGCUCUUCUGGUGGGGCGACGACCCCAACUUUGCUGAACUCAUCCACCACGAGCUCUUAGCCGAGGAAGAUGGUGUUUGGGAGACCGGUCUGUCCUACGAGUGCCGCACGCUGCUCUUCAAAGCCAUCCACAACCUGCUGGAGCGCUGCCUCAUGAACCGCAGCUUUGUACGCUUCGGGAAGUGGUUUGUCAAGCCCUACGAGAAGGAUGAGAAGCCUAUCAACAAGAGUGAGCACUUGUCCUGCGCCUUCACCUUCUUCCUGCACGGAGACAGCAACGUGUGCACCAGCGUGGAGAUCAACCAGCACCAGCCGGUCUACCACCUCAGCGAGGAGCACCUGACGCUGGCUCAGCAGUCCAGCAGUCCCUUCCAAGUGAUCUUGAGUCCGUUUGGGCUGAAUGGGACCCUGACCGGCCAGUCUUUCAAGCUGUCGGACCCCCCCACGCAGAAGCUGAUCGAGGAGUGGAACCAGUUCUAUCCCAUUAGUUCCUGCUCCAAAGAGAGCUCAGAGGACAAGAUGGAGGACAUGGACUGGGAGGACGACUCUUUAGCUGCCGUGGAGGUCCUCGUCGGUGGCGUCCGCAUGGUGUAUCCUGCCUGCCUGGUGCUGGUACCUCAGUCCGAUAUCCCUGCCAUGGCCCCCAUGGGGUCCUCCCACUGCACAGCUGUCUAUUCGGGUGGCCACCAAGUGCCUGCUUCCCAGCGAGACCCUGCCAUCUCGUCUGUCACCCUCACACCUCCCACCUCUCCUGAGGAGGCCCAGACAGUGGACUCCCAGUUGGCGCCCAAGUGGGUGAAGUUCCCAUCAGCAUCAGACACCUUCAGCGCGGACAGCACGGGCCACCAUGGUGGCAGAAUCCCGCGGAAGCUAGCCGGUCAGGUGGUGGAGCGAGUCUGGCAAGAGUGCAACCUCAACCGAGCUCAGAACAAGAGGAAGUUCCCAGCAGCCAGCAGUGGUGGCAGCGGUGCCUGCGAGGAGGAGCCAGGGGACAAACUGGGGGCCUGGGAUUUUGUGGAGCCGACGCAGAGAUCCAACUGCAACUGCUCAAGGCACAAAACCCUCAAGCAGCGAGCUGGCAGUGUUUCGGGGCAGCCCCAGUCCGCUGGCCAGCCCUCCCAGUCGGCCCCUAAGCACAAAGCGGCGGAGAAGCCGGACAAGGGCGACAAACAGCAGAAACGACCGCAGACGCCAUUCCACCACCGCAACUCUACAUGCGAGGAUGCGACACUGGAGCCCGAUGCCGCCAGUCAACGGCUGGGCAUGCGGGCACCAGAUGCGGGCCGUUUCUCUGGCCUUCGGCACACCGACGUGGUUAGUGGCACCGCCACCAAGACGCCACAGCUGCACAAUGGCCCGCCGGAGAUGGUGGGCUCACCCCAGCCCCCCUCACUUAGCCCCCACCCCUGCGAGCGUGGUGACGAGUCUGGUGAGGCGGUGAAAAACCCCUCCACUCCCCACGGCCCCCACUUCUACCAGCCGGCUGCCGAUCCCUGCCUUGCGGCCUCCAAGGGCCCGGAGGACAGUCGGCUGGAAGCCCUAGCCCCAUCCUUCCACACGGCCUUCCCCGAAGCUCUGGAGCCCACCAUGUACGUGGGGGCUGCCGUCAGCCUGCAGGACGACUCCGCGCACGUGCCCUGGCGCUGCUUCAACCUGCCACGUAGGAAAGACCUUGAGUUCCCUACGCCGCAGCUGCCUGUCGACAAGCUGCGGGAUGAUACCUUCGGGGGGCAGGAUGCUGCCGUCUCGGUCACAGAGUUAAUGGCCACAUCCAAGAAGUCGCUGAAGGUGUCCGAGGAGCUGGUGCAGACCUACCUGCAAAGGAAGAACCAGUACUUGUCGGCGGCAGUUGCCGAUGGCGAGCACGAGCCUGAGGUGGACCCGUACGCUUUUGUGGACGGCGAUGUGGAAUUCAUGUUCCCCGACAAGAAGGACAAGCAGGGCGGCGAAAGGGAGGCGGGGAGGAAACACAAGGGUGAUGAUGGUGGUGCGGGUUCAGCAGAUUGCGAGGACGCCAUGUCGCUGUUCAGCCCAUCUGGAAAGUCGGAUGCCCAGCGCGCAGCCGCCCACAACCGCACGGCCUCCACCAGCCUGAUGAAUGAGACAGACCUGGCAGUCUCCAUCAACGACCUGGACAACCUCUUUAACUCUGACGAGGAUGAGCUCGCGCCCGGCUCCAGGCGAGCUGUCAAUGGGACAGAUGAAAAGUUCGGCAACAAGGAAGCGAAGCCGGCAACGCUGGACCCCCUCUCCUGCAUUAGCUCUGCUGACUUGCACCAGAUGUUCCCCACCCCUCCUUCCCUGGAGCAGCAUAUCAUGGGCUAUUCCCCUAUGAACACUGGUGGCAAGGAGUAUGGCGGCAUGGACGCCGGGACCAGCAUGACCGUGCUCGAUAGCGCCGCCUCACUGGGCGGCCAGUUCAAGAUCGAGGUGGAGGAGAGCUUCUGCAGUCCCAAGCCAUCUGAAAUCAAGGACUUCUCGUUCGUGUACAAGCCGGAACAGUGCCAGGCUUUCGUGGGCUGCUCCAUGUUCGCGCCCCUCAAGACGCUGCCCAGUCAGUGCUUGCCGCCCAUCAACCUGCCCGAGGAGUGUGUAUACAGGCCCAGCUGGGCUCUGGGCAAGCUGGAGCUGCUGAACCCGGUGCCCGGCCUGACCUUCAUCAACAAGGACAGUAACAUCCCAAGCGUGGGCAGUGCCCUGGACCAGGACUACAGCCAGACAUACACGCCCCAGACCCAAACCCCCUUUCUCUCAAACAGUGCCCCUCCAAGCAACAGCGGCCCAGGAAUCUUACCCUCCCCAGCCACUCCCCGCUUCUCGGCACCAACUCCGCGCACGCCCCGCACUCCACGCACGCCCCGUGGGCCCUCCAGUGUGCAGGGCUCGCUGAAGUACGAGGAGCUGUACUCACCCGCGUCCACGCCCUCAACCUGCCGGCCGCUCAACUCUGUGGAGCCAGCGACAGUGCCGUCAGUGCCAGAGGCGCAUAGCCUGUACGUCACGCUCAUCCUGUCUGAGUCCGUCAUGAACCUCUUCAAGGACUGCAACUUUGACAGCUGCUGCAUCUGCGUGUGCAACAUGAACAUCAAGGGUGCUGACGUGGGUGUCUACAUCAGCGACCCCAACUGCGAGGCACAAUACACCUGCACGUGUGGCUUCAGCGCCGUUGUCAACCGGCGCUACGGCAACGGCUCCGGCCUCUUCCUGGAGGAUGAGCUGGAUAUCAUCGGGCGUGGCACGGAUGCGGGCCGUGAGGCUGAGCGGCGCUUUGAGGCCCUGCGUGCUGCCUCCCUUGAGCGGCCUGGUGUGCUGAGGGACCGCGUCCCCGACGAGGUCAUCCUGCUGCUCCAGGAUCAAUGUACUAACCCAUUCUCACCUAUGCUGGGCUUGGAAGCAGAUGGCGCGGCCAGCAGCCCCACUUCUGUGCGCGUGGAGGAGCGGGAUUACCACGGCGACUGUUACUUGGCGCUGGAGCACGGCCGGCAGUUCAUGGACAACAUGUCUGGUGGCAAGGUGGACGAGGUGCUGGUGAAGAGUACUUGUCUCCAUCACUGGGCCAAGCACAAUGCUGUGGACGUCAGCAUGCUUUGCUCCCAGGACGUGUUGCGGGUGCUGAUGUCCCUGCAGCCUGUGCUGCAGGACGCCAUCCAGAAGAAGCGGACUGUGCGCUCCUGGGGCGUGCAGGGCCCCCUCACAUGGCAGCAGUUCCACAAGAUGGCAGGCCGAGGCUCGUACGGCACAGACGAGUCCCCUGAGCCAUUGCCCAUACCCACCUUCCUGGUGGGCUACGAGUACGACUUUGUGGUCCUGUCACCCUUCGGCCUGCCCUACUGGGAGAAGCUGCUGUUGGACCCUUUCGGCUCCCAGAGAGACGUGGGCUACCUGGUGGUGUGUCCCGAGAAUGAUGCACUGCUCAAUGGCGCCAAGAGCUUCUUCAGAGACCUGACUGCAGUCUACGAGUCUUGCCGGCUUGGCCAGCACCGACCCAUCUCCAGAGUGUACGCGGACGGCAUCGUGCGUGUGGGUGGCUCUGCCUCUCGGAAGCUCGCCGAGCGGCCCGUGAGCGACUGGUUCGUCAAGGCGGGCAGCGACGGUGACGCCUUUGGCAGGCUCAAACUCUAUGCCCAAGUGUGCCGUCACGAGCUCGCGCCCUACCUCUCCACCCAGUCUCUGGACAGCUCCUUGCUCACCCAGCCAAACCCCGCACCCACCCCUAUGCAGCCUGCACAGCCCCCAAACUCCUCCUCCUCCUCAGCUGGGUCGCAGGCCGCCUGCGCCCCUGGCGCCUCCCUGCUCUCUGGAGGCAGCCUGAGCAGUAGCAGUAAUCCCGCAGUGACCGGGGCUCCGGGCCCCCAGGGGGCAGGUGGUGCCAUGCAGUCUGCCAAGCCGGGCUCCUUCCCACCCUUUGGUGGUAUGGCUGCGCAGGGCAGUGGCUCGCAGGGUGUGCAGCUGGGGCAGCCAGCCACUGCUCAGGGUGCUGGAGUCACUGGGGACGCAGCGGCUGGCAGCAACAAUGCACAGGGACCUACGGAACCAGCAGAAAGCACCAUGGAGCGCGAGAAGGUUGGCGUUCCCACAGACGGCGAGUCGCAUGCCGUCACCUACCCGCCGGCCAUCAUGAUUUACAUCGUGGACCCGUUCAGCUACGAGGAGCUGGAGGGGGCAGCGCACUCAAGCGUCUGGACCCUGGGCCUGCUGCGCUGCUAUCUGGAGCUGCUGCAGUUCCUGCCUCCACAUGUCAGGAAUGCCGUGUUUGUGCAGAUCAUCCCCUGCCAGUACCUGCUGCAGCCCGUCCGCAGCGAGGAGCGCCACGUCUACGUGCAGCACCUCAAGUCCCUGGCCUUCUCGGUGUUCUCCCAGUGCCGGCGCCCCCUACCUACCUCCACCAACGUCAAGACGCUGACGGGUUUCGGACCGGGCCUUGCCCUGGACACUGCCCUCCAGAGCCCAGAGCGACCCGAGUGCCUGCGGCUGUAUACACCGCCCUUCAUCCUAGCACCGGUGAAGGACAAGCAGACGGAGCUGGGCGAGACAUUCGGCGAGGCAUCACAGAAGUACAAUGUACUCUUUGUGGGCUACUGCCUGUCCCACGACCAGCGAUGGCUGCUGGCCACUGCUACCGACCUCUAUGGCGAGCUCCUGGAGACCUGCGUCAUCAGCAUCGAUGUGCCUAACAGGGCACGUCGGAAAAAGGGCUCGGCCCGGCGGCUAGGCCUUCAGAAGCUAUGGGACUGGUGUCUGGGCCUGGUGCAGAUGACCUCACUGCCAUGGAGGGUGGUGAUUGGUCGCCUUGGCAGGAUAGGACAUGGGGAGCUCAGAGACUGGAGCAUCCUGCUCAGCAGACGCAACCUACAGUCCCUCAGCCGCCGCCUGAAGGAGAUGUGCAGGAUGUGCGGCAUCUCUGCUGCGGACACUCCCAGCAUCCUCAGCGCCUGCCUGGUUGCCAUGGAGCCCCAGGGCUCCUUCGUCAUCAUGCCAGACUCCGUGUCCACGGGAUCCGUCUUCGGCCGCAGCACAACGUUGAACAUGCAGACAUCCCAGCUGAACACGCCGCAGGACACGUCCUGCACGCACAUCCUGGUGUUCCCCACCUCCGCCUUUGUGCAGGUCGCCAGCUCCAGCUACACUACGGAGAACCUUGACAUCGCCUUCAACCCCAUCAAUGACGGGCCGGAUGCAAUCGGUAUCUUUGAGCUGCUGGAGACGGAGAACGACCUGGUGGACCCAGACAUCAUCAACAUCUUGCCCGCCUCGCCCACAACUUCGCCUGUGCACUCGCCAGGCUCACACUACCACCACGGCGGGGAUGGCAGCAAGGGACAGAGCACCGACCGGAUGGAGUCACACGACGAAGCCCCCAACAUCCUCCAGCAGCCUCUGGCCCUAGGCUACUUUGUGUCGACCGCUAAGGCCGGACCGCUGCCCGACUGGUUUUGGUCAGCCUGUCCGCAAGCACAGAACCAGUGCCCCCUGUUCCUCAAGGCCUCCUUGCACCUCCACGUGUCUUCAGUGCAAUCAGACGAGCUGCUGCAUGGCAAACACUCCCACCCCCUCGACUCCAACCAGACCUCAGAUGUACUCAGAUUUGUUCUGGAGCAGUACAACGCCCUCUCCUGGCUGACGUGUGACCCAGCAAUGCAGGACAGGCGGUCCUGCCUGCCCAUUCACUUUGUGGUGCUGAAUCAGAUGUACAACUUCAUAAUGAACAUGCUGUAGUGGACGGAGCAGGGCAGCCAGGAGAAGAGGAGCAGCAGCAAGAGGAAGAGGACGCCAGUGGCACUCGAACGGGAUUUACCUGUCACAUGACUACAGUGCUGGACUUUAUAGGAGUUUGGAGGUUUCUCAAUGCACCGAAUGUUCCAGAAAGCCAGUACCAUGGAGGCAGUGCAGGCCCCGUCACUGGCCUCACAGCGGCUCCCCCCCAGGGAUUCGGCGGCCUGUGGGAGGCAGGGCCAGUGACGGGAGGGCGAGCCCCCACCCCAGCCAUGGUAUUCGCCGCAGAAACACUGAAAUUGGCCAGUCUGCGUCACGUGUCUGUAUAAUACGGAUGAUGAGGGACUUUCAGUCAUGAAACCAACUAAUCAGACUCGCGCCAAGAUCUCAAAUUCCUAUCAUUGGAUGAAAUUGUAUCCCGUUGAAAUGCCUGCAUCUAUCUUAUUUAUUGUAAGUUUUUAAAUGUAUAAUUUCUUAACCUUUUAUAUAUUCAAAAAUCUAGAAGGUUUAUAUUGCCUUCCUGCUUUAAAGCAAUUGGUCUAAAAUAUAUGUAAUCGUCUUAAAAAAAACCCACAAAAACUAGAAAAAUAAAGUUGCAGUAGGUUGCUUUUAGAGUAUUAUUUUUUGUAAGGGGGACAGAUUUGUAUCGUCACGAUGUACAGAUGAAGUAGGUUGGGGGUUUAUGUCCAUGCCUUGUGUGUGGGGGGGCUUACAGCUAAGCUGUAGUGCAGAGUACUUGUACAGCAAUGAAGUUCACUGUGUUCUAAUAACAGGUACAUUGUCUUAUAUAGUAUUUUAUACCACACAUUUAGACACAAAAACCAAACGGCAAUAUAUAUAUAAAAUCUAUAUAAAUGCUGCCCUACUGCGUUGUGGUGCAGCCUCUGUUUUAGGAAUAAAAUGCGUCAACUCAA